AUGGCGCUCGACACCUUCUUCCACAACAAGAUCGAGAGCAUGAAGCUCGAGAUCAUCCAAGGCCAAGCAGUACUCCGCCGACUAGAAGCGCAACGGAACGACUACAACUCGCGCGUGCGGUUAUUACGCGAGGAGCUUGGUCUAUUGCAGCAGCCUGGCUCGUACGUCGGCGAGGUGGUCAAGGUGAUGGGCACGAAGAAGGUGCUGGUGAAAGUGCAUCCCGAGGGGAAAUAUGUGGUUGACAUAUCCGACAACGUGGACAUAAGCAAACUCACCGUCGGCAAGCGAGUCACCCUGCUCAGCGACUCCUACAAGCUCGAGAAGAUGCUACCAUCCUCCGUCGACCCCCUCGUAUCGCUGAUGAUGGUGGAGAAGGUGCCCGACAGCACAUACGACAUGAUCGGAGGUCUAGACCAGCAGAUCAAGGAGAUCAAGGAGGUCAUCGAGCUGGGCCUGCAACAUCCGGAGCUGUUCGAGUCGCUCGGUAUAGCGCAACCAAAAGGUGUCCUGCUGUAUGGCCCUCCAGGAACGGGAAAGACACUGCUGGCUCGUGCAGUGGCGCAUCACGCCGACUGCAAGUUCAUCCGAGUCAGCGGCAGCGAACUCGUGCAGAAAUACAUCGGUGAAGGCAGUCGCAUGGUACGAGAACUUUUCGUCAUGGCCCGGGAACACGCCCCCAGCAUCAUCUUCAUGGACGAGAUCGACAGUAUCGGCUCGAGUCGCGUGGAGGGAAGCUCAGGCGGAGACUCGGAGGUGCAGCGAACUAUGCUGGAACUUCUCAACCAGCUGGACGGCUUCGAGCCCACCAAGAACAUCAAGAUCAUCAUGGCCACCAAUCGACUGGAUAUCCUAGAUCCCGCGUUGCUGAGACCCGGACGUAUCGACAGGAAGAUCGAGUUCCCGCCACCAACCGUCGAGGCUCGUGCCGACAUCUUGAGGAUCCAUUCCCGCAGCAUGAACUUGACCCGCGGCAUCAACCUCAACAAGAUCGCGGAGAAAAUGAACGGCUGCUCCGGCGCAGAACUGAAGGGUGUUUGCACGGAGGCCGGCAUGUUCGCGCUGAGGGAGAGGCGAGUACACGUUACUCAGGAGGACUUCGACCUAGCAACCGCCAAGGUGCUCAACAAGCACGAUGACAAGGCUACGAGUUUGGCGAAGCUUUGGAAGUAA